CGUCUAUAAGAAUGAGCUUUGGUCGUUAUUAUCCAUCUAAACUAAAUACGGAAUCUAGUGACAACAACCAUCAUCUUAAUGGUAAUCACCAUGUACAUAUUAAAUAUGCUCCUAUCAAAAUUAUUCACAACGAUAUUGCUAAUAAUGAGGAAAGACGCAAAUAUCCUUAGUUAAAUCUACGUUUCCAAACAAUUGAUGAAACCAUCGUAAUUAUAUAUCAUAAAGUAGACUCGUCAAGAUCCAACGGUAACUAUCCCUCUCAGUUUUCUAUAAUAAUUAAUUUAAUAAGCAUAUUCUAAUAAAUAAUUGAGAACAAUAAACAAUCCCUCUUUUAGAGUAGAAGAAAAUAGAAAUGAUGCUGUGGAAGAGCUAAUCAAAUAAAUUGAAAUUUAAUAAAAAGGAAUUUAUCCAAUUGAUGGUAAAAAUAUGGUUAUAAUUUUAUAAUAGAAGAAAAAAAAAUAUAAAAUGCUCUAAUCUAAAAUUAAAUGAAUUUUAUAUCAUAAAAUGAAGAAGCAAUUUAAAUUAUUGAUGCUUAUUUUUCAGAGAAUAUUAAUUUAAAGCCCUACUUCAAGACAUGGCUACAAUAAUUAGAAGUAAAAGCCAUUUAGGAUAUGUUAAUUCUAUGUCACUCUGAUCCAAAAGGAUAGUAAUAUUCGGAUUUGUUUAAAGCUCUAUUCUAAAAAUUGUCCAUUGAAUUUUAUCAGAAACAUGCUUAUGCUGUCGUAUUAAGAGGUGAUCAAUAAGAAAAGCUAAAAUAUUUAUCACAAAUUGGAGAAAUCUUAAAUAAAAUAACGAAACCAUAAGAAUAUUAUUAUUUUAAGCAACGAUGA